AAAGGCCGCUACAUCGCCCUCUUUUUUCCUCUUCUAUCAUUUCUUUUGAGCUACAGUACCAGACCUUUCAUCCUCCUCGUUUAUACUCUUCACUUCCCCCCAAACAAAUUAUUCUUCUGGGUCUCAAACGAUGGUUACUUUAACUUUCUGUUGAGUGAAAUUUGUGGUUUGAAAGUUGGGGUUUUUAGCUUUAGUUUAGUGUGGUUCUGUUUACUGAAUUGGGUCUGCUUUUCUUGGUUUUUGCCUUUUUGGGUUAGUUUUACUGGAUGUGAACUUAAAAGUCAGAAGUUUAAAAGAUUUUAGGGAUUUUAGUAUCUUGAAGUUUUACUGUGGCUGUUAGACAUUGCCCCUAGUUUUUGAUUGUUGGAAUGCCGGGAAAGGAAGAUGCCUCGGCUGGUGGGGCUGAUGGUGGUUCUCAGGAGCCAUGCCAACUGAUAAAUGGUCGGAGUAGAAUGUACUGGCGGUCAGCAUCAUGGUCGUCUUCGAGGACUUCACUGCCUCCGCUGAACCCGGAUAUUGAUAGGGAUGGAUUGGAUCCUAAUAAUUCGCAGGGUAAGAGGCCUUUAACCCCUAGAUCACAACAGAGUUUCAAGGCUAGGUUGUGUCUUCCACCUUUGCAGCCAUUAGCAAUUGCUCGUAGAAGUCUAGAUGAGUGGCCGAGAGCAGGAUCUGAUGAUAUUGGAGAGUGGCCACUUCCUUCUACCCCAAGUGGGAGGGAUUCCAGUAGCAACAGUGAGAGGCUUAAGCUGGAUUUGUCUAACAUACAUAGAAAUCCAGAGACGAAUGGCGGGCUUGUGAGAAGAGAAAAGAUUGCUUUCUUUGAUAAAGAGUGUUCAAAGGUGGCAGAUCACAUUUAUCUUGGUGGGGAUGCAGUUGCACGAGAUAAGGAUAUACUAAAGCAAAAUGGGAUUACCCAUGUUCUUAACUGUGUGGGGUUUGUAUGCCCUGAGUAUUUUAAGUCUGAUUUCGUGUACCGGACAUUGUGGUUGCAGGAUAGCCCGUCAGAAGAUAUUACGAGCAUUCUUUAUGAUGUUUUUGACUACUUCGAAGAUGUCAGGGAGCAACAUGGAAAGGUUUUUGUUCAUUGCUGCCAAGGGGUCUCUCGGUCAACCUCGUUGGUUAUAGCUUAUCGUAUGUGGAGAGAAGGACAAAGUUUCGACGACGCCUUUGAGUAUGUAAAGGCAGCAAGGGGUAUUGCCGAUCCAAAUAUGGGUUUUGCCUGCCAGUUGUUACAAUGCCAAAAACGAGUUCACGCCUUUCCUUUGAGUCCAAGUUCAUUGUUGAGGAUGUACAGAGUCGCACCUCAUUCUCCAUACGAUCCUUUGCAUCUCGUCCCAAAAAUGUUAAAUGACCCCUAUCCUUCAGCAUUAGAUUCCAGAGGUGCAUUUAUUAUACAUAUACCUUCUGCGAUAUAUGUUUGGAUCGGUAAGAAAUGUGAAACAAUCAUGGAAAGAGAUGCCAGAGGGGCUGUCUGCCAGAUUGUUCGUUACGAGAAAGUGCAGUGCCCGAUCAUAACGGUUACAGAAGGUGAGGAACCUUUGUACUUCUGGGAUGCUUUCUCCAAUUUCCUGCCGUUGACGGACAAAUUAAAGAAUGGAGGGGAUGUUGUUGACUCAUCAAGUAAGGUCUGUCCAGGGGAAAGAAAGGUGGAUAUGUACAAUGUUGACUUUGAGAUUUUCCAGAAAGCUACUUCAGGCGGCUUUGUGCCUCCUUUUGCGUCAUGUGAGACUGAUCAUGAAACCCGCCUUCCCGUUAGAGAAAGUUCCUGGAGCCUGCUAAGGCGAAAGUUUGUGUCUGGGAAUAUGAGGGAUUUUGUCUUUUCAUCAAAGUCAGGCAUCUCUAGAAUCUAUCCUGAUUCUAUGUUUAUAACAUUAGAUAAUUGUGCAGCUAAACAGCUACAUUCUUCUUCUAUGUUGUCCUCGUCGUCUUCGUGUUCAUCUUCUUCGCCAUCUACAAUAUCCUUAUCUUCAACGUCAUCUUCGUCUUCAUCGUCAUCAACCUCGUCACCUCCUUAUCUCUCUCCGGACUCUAUCUCGUCUGAUUCGAGCAUCAAUUCAAAAUGUCUGUCUGAUUCUCCGGUGGUAUCACCUUCAGUUAUCUCUUGUGCAGAUUUAACUUCUUCAACUCCAUCUAACUCCAGUGUGUCUGUUCUCCCCUCCAAGAUUUCUCCACAGUCCAUAUCUAAAACUUCAAAGUAUAUUGAUGUCAACUUCACUUCCCAGGCUUCUUCACAAUCAUCUCCUGUGUUAUCUAAAAAGUUUCCCCUUUCUAUUGCGGAGCGGAGAGGUAGCUUGUCUAAGUGUCUCAAGCUGCCAAUGCUGACUGAUGAUUUUGAGAGGAAAGCUGGUCCUCCAAAGAGUGUUGCCAAUGAACAAGGCCAUGGCAUUGGUAUAGCAGAAGCGAUAAAUGAUUUUUCAAAAGAAUCAUCUACUUUGGGAGAGAUUUUACAGUCCCCACAAGAGAUAAAUGGGAGUAAAAUUGAUGAACUGCACAGGUCUUUAGGUACUUUAAGUAUUGUUAAUCCAUCUGAUAAAGAAACUGAUUUGUUUAGUGGCUUUCAUGAGUCGUGGGAGGAAACACCAUGCAAUGAAAGGAGCUGCACGGCUGUUUCAAAUGGAAUUGCGGAUACCGGUGCAGCAUCUUGUUACCUAGUGCAACCAGUUGUAUAUCGUUGGCCUGGCUUGGAGAAACUUGCUAGUUGUAGCAUAGAUGAUUUGGAUUCUAAGGGUGCGUAUAUUUUCGUUAUUCCAACUUCAGGUUUUGGAAAAGAUGCAGGUAGAACUGUGUAUGUUUGGGUAGGAAGGUCUUUUAGUUGUGAGACUAGCAAGAUUCGGCAAGUAAACCGCAAAGGGCUUGAUGAUCCAGGAGGGAUUGACUGGAAACAGGCUGCUACUGAUGUUCUUCAUCAUAUGGUUUUGCCAAUUGACACUAACAUUAAGGUUGUGAAAGAAAAUGAAGAACCGGCUGAGUUCCUAGCAUUGUUGAGUUCCCGGUAAUGCUAACAUGAUUGAGGACGCAUCAAGAAUUCCAGUAGAUCACUACCUCUUUCUUAUGUUUUCAGCUUCCACAAUUUUCCUGCAACAUUUUCUAGCUUUUGAGUAUAGUCCACCUGACUAUAAUGUGGAGGAGGCUGAUUUAGAAGUUGUCAGAGGUGGUUUACCUGAGAAUGUACAUGUACAGUGCUGAACACCCGAUGACCUUAGAGGCAAUUUGCUGACUUAACUUUCAUUGUACAUUUGCCGUGACUUAGAAAUUAGAAAUUUCAAAAGCCAGUUUAGGCAAAGCAUAGUGUUCUUAUUUUAUAUUUACUUCCUCCUUUCUUUCACUGUACAUUGCUUUUGUGCCAAUGAUGUGCAAAAUUGCUGUUGGUUCCAAGCCAUUUUAACGAUAAGAUGGUAUAUUUAGUAUUUUGCAAUCGUCACUUA